UUUAUAGUAGAGAUGGGGUUUCGCCAUGUUGGCCAGGCUGGUCUCGAACUUCUGACCUCAGAGAAGUCAGGUGAGCUACCCGCCUCGGCCUCCCAAAGUGCUGUGAUUACAGGCAUGAGCGACCGGGCCGGCCAUAAAUAGCUUAAAAUUAAAUAGCCACGUUUCUGGUGGCUGCCACACUGGACAACAGAGCUCUAGGAUUGCUUCAUUGUUUAACCCAAUUCACCCUCUUCUUGAAACGUCACUUCUGAUAAAAGACCAUGUUUUAAAAAGUUUAAGCAGUGAAAAGCAAAUUAACCUUUCUGUAGUGAUACUCAUUUUUUUCAGUCCUCUCUCACUGAAUCCCUUCCCCAGCCUCACUGUCCCAGUGCGAAUGGUUAGUAGGAAAUCUCUCUCCCACUGAGAACCAGGUUAUCAAGAGUCUCAUGUGUAUGGGCAUUUCAUUCUACAGAAAUAUCUAACAAUAUCAAUUACAAAUUAAACCCUGAUCAGCUGUGGUCAUUUUAUGUGCAAUAUUUUAUGCAAGUCACUGUGUUGCAUAAACCUUACUUCUCUGAGGUUUGUUCUUUUCUUUUUUAUAUGAGAAAUGUGAGACUCAGAAAAUGCAAAUAGCAUCCCCGAGCCAUCGGGCCAUCCAGCGACGGCUUCAGGAUACAAGCACGUGGCUUGCUCCAAACCCCGUUUCCUUUCCAUCAGACUUCACUGGAGCAUAAACUCUUACUUUUUACAUACAACUGAGUUUUCUGGAAGUAUAAGGUGGAAUUUCAUAAGUAAAUACUGAUUUUGGGAGCAGAGAGAACAGAAUACAUAAGCUGUGAGGAAUAGCCAGGGGGCCCCAACAGGCUCCUGUGACUUCGUGCAGCCUGGGACAAGGAGCCAGUAGGACCAGGGACACUGGCAGAGGUCUGGGUAGUACACUAAGGAGCUAGGCUCUAUCCUGCAGGUGGCUCAGAGCCUCAUCUCAGCACACAGGGACGCACCCACUGCUUUCUACAGAAGGUGCUCCCAGCUGGGCAGCGUGUGGCUGGCUGACAGCACCAAGCAUCCUGGCGGGCUACUCCCAUGGCCGCCUGAGAAGCUCAUAGGAGCUCCCGAGGCCAUCGGGUUGGGGCAGGGGAGCUGCAGGACCCAGAGCAGCUCCACUUUGUUUCAAACACUGGGCCUCCCACAAGAUGCUGAGAAGAUGGGGAGCUGCCCAGGUACCAGUUCGGGUACUUGCAUAUGGCCGCCUGGAUGACCUGCUCCUCAGCCCUGUCCCUACCCACUGUGCCCACCAGCCCUGCCUGCCCCUGGGCCCAGGUCACUCCUCCCUCACUGCAGCGCUGCUGGCCGCACCUUCAGCUUUAGGCCGGACACUCCAGGGCCUCCUGUGCAGGGGCUGCAUACUCGGGAUGUGCAAAGCAAGCUUACCUCUCUCUUCUCACACCUGCCCCUGAUGGGCCACCAUUCAGCCUGGCGCCCUAACCAGACAGUGGAGCUGCACCAUGAGCCUCCCGUUCCUCACUCCCCAUGUCUCGCCCCAUGCAGCCGUUACCUCUCACCUGGACAAUUACCUGCCCGGACUACUGGUCUCCCUGGCUCAGGUCCCAACAUCAGCCGCCCUCUCUCCACAAGCCUGCCAAGGUAACACACAUGUUAAUCCAUGGGCUUUCACUGGGCUGUUUUUGUCCGAGUGUUUACACUGCUGUCUGCUGUGAGUGAUCUCAGGGCCUGCAGAGUUUCUUCUUGAUGUGGACACAGGAAGAAAACUUGCUUUACCGAUUUGUUACAACUCAAACAAAGGCCAGCAGAAAUUCUCUUUUGACAGAUGUGAUUGCUGCUUAUCAAAGAUUCUGUUCUCGACCCCCAAAAGGAUUUGAAAAAUACUUUCCUAAUGGAAAAAAUGGAAAAAAAGCUAGUGAACCUAAAGAAGUUAUGGGAGAGAAAAAAGGAGCAGAGUCAAAGCCAGCUGCUACCACACGCUCUUCUGGAGGAGGAGGAGGAGGUGGUGGUGGUGGAAAACGAGGUGGCAAGAAAGAUGAUUCUCACUGGUGGUCCAGGUUCCAGAAGGGUGACUUUCCAUGGGAUGACAAGGAUUUCAGGAUGUUCUUCCUCUGGACUUCUCUGUUCUGGGGUGGAGUCAUGUUUUACUUCCUGCUCAAGAGAUCCGGGAGAGAAAUCACUUGGAAGGACUUUGUCAAUAACUAUCUUUCAAAAGGAGUAGUAGACAGACUGGAAGUCGUCAACAAGCGUUUUGUUCGAGUGACCUUUACACCAGGAAAAACUCCUGUUGAUGGGCAAUACGUUUGGUUUAACAUUGGCAGUGUGGAUACCUUUGAACGGAAUCUGGAAACUUUACAGCAGGAACUGGGCAUAGAAGGAGAAAACCGGGUGCCUGUUGUCUACAUUGCUGAAAGUGAUGGCUCUUUUCUGCUGAGCAUGCUGCCCACAGUGCUCAUCAUUGCCUUCCUGCUCUACACCAUCCGAAGAGGGCCCGCUGGCAUCGGCCGGACAGGCCGAGGGAUGGGCGGACUCUUCAGUGUCGGAGAAACCACCGCCAAGGUCUUAAAGGAUGAGAUUGAUGUGAAGUUCAAAGAUGUGGCUGGCUGUGAGGAGGCCAAGCUAGAGAUCAUGGAAUUUGUGAAUUUCUUGAAAAACCCAAAGCAGUAUCAAGACUUAGGAGCAAAAAUCCCAAAGGGUGCCAUUCUCACUGGUCCUCCAGGCACUGGGAAGACGCUGCUAGCUAAGGCCACAGCCGGAGAAGCCAAUGUCCCCUUCAUCACCGUUAGUGGAUCCGAGUUUUUGGAGAUGUUCGUUGGUGUGGGCCCAGCUAGAGUCCGAGACUUAUUUGCCCUUGCUCGGAAGAAUGCCCCUUGCAUCCUCUUCAUCGAUGAAAUUGAUGCGGUGGGAAGGAAGAGAGGAAGAGGCAACUUUGGAGGGCAGAGUGAGCAGGAGAACACACUCAACCAGCUGCUGGUGGAGAUGGAUGGUUUUAAUACAACAACAAAUGUCGUCAUUUUGGCCGGCACUAAUCGACCAGAUAUCCUGGACCCUGCGCUGCUUAGGCCGGGGCGUUUCGACAGGCAGAUCUUUAUUGGACCACCAGACAUAAAAGGAAGAGCUUCUAUUUUCAAAGUUCACCUCCGACCACUAAAACUGGACAGUACCCUGGAGAAGGAUAAACUGGCAAGAAAACUGGCAUCUUUAACUCCAGGGUUUUCAGGUGCUGAUGUUGCUAAUGUCUGUAAUGAAGCUGCGCUGAUUGCCGCGAGGCACCUGUCAGAUUCCAUAAAUCAGAAACACUUUGAACAGGCAAUUGAGCGAGUGAUUGGUGGCUUAGAGAAGAAAACGCAGGUUCUGCAGCCUGAGGAGAAGAAGACCGUGGCGUACCAUGAAGCAGGCCAUGCGGUUGCCGGCUGGUAUCUGGAGCACGCAGACCCGCUUUUAAAGGUAUCCAUCAUCCCACGUGGCAAAGGACUAGGUUAUGCUCAGUAUUUACCGAAAGAACAGUAUCUCUAUACCAAAGAGCAGCUCUUGGAUAGGAUGUGUAUGACUUUAGGUGGUCGAGUCUCUGAAGAAAUCUUCUUUGGAAGAAUUACAACUGGUGCUCAAGAUGACUUGAGAAAAGUAACUCAGAGUGCAUAUGCCCAAGUGAGUAUGUGAAGGAGGGC